AUGUGGUUAAAACUCGCUCGUAGAAAUCCAGACGGUAUACGAGACCAUUCAACUGUUUUUUUCUGUGAAGAUCAUUUCAAUUUGCCGUACGAUAUGUUAAAUUACACAAAGUACAAAAUAACGGGUUCCGUUAAGAGAGUACUGAUGAAACCUGGAUGCCUGCCUUCAAGAUUUGAUUGUCAUCCAGAUCGACAAAGAAGUCUACCAUUUUGUACUAUUACUCGAACCGCUCCUUUAAAACAUCGACAAGACGAAUUCACAGAAGGGACUGAAAGCGCUUCUCAAACUAUAAACGAGAAUUGCGACAAUUUAGAAACCACUUCAGAUAAAUCAG